CAGCUUCUGCCUUGCCUUCGUUGUGUGUUUGCCAUAUUUUGCGCUCAAGUAUGUAUUGUUCUACAUUUUCAAGUGCAUUUCUGCAUGCACGCUUAAAACUAGUGCGCCUUGCAGAAGCCGAAGGUCUUAUGUUUGUCAUCUUUCAGAAAUGAGCUAGAAUGAGCUUUUGUUGUUCGAGAUCAAAGAGACUGGUUUGAAAUCUAGUAGGAAAACAGGUGGUACGCACUACAUUGUUGAAUGUCAGCGCACAAAUAUCUAGUCAGCGCACAAAUAUCUAACAAACGUUAAGAACAUUCAUGACCACGACCUGUGUUCUAAAUAUUGUUUGGGCGUGAAACGUUUGGCGGAUGAAAUUUUCUUGUUUGUGUUUUGUCACAGCCUCCUUUUAAUGAGUUAGAAUGCGACCAUUUCUGACCCAUCUGAAUGAAGCCUCAAGAAAACUGAAUAUAAGUCCAUGCAAUUUGUUCGAAUCCUUUGUUCCGAUCAAAUCCCUGUUGAAUAAAAGCAUCAUUUUCAAAUUGCAGAAGGAAUUUUUCAGAUAUUACUCACUUCUGUGACCUACAAGUUUAUCACCUAAAACUAAAAGUAAUGUGCAAGCAAAAAGAAUUUCAUAAAGUACGUAGCCGUGGCUUUUGACAGUAAUACCAGCACAUGAUUAAAAUAGCAGUGUUUAUUGUAUCCACAAGUUUUUUUUUUCUUCCAGUGCAUGUUUGCAAGUUUGCAGGAAGGAUGCUUUGAUUUUAGUUGAUGAGCAUCAUUAAUCAUUUCAAGUAAGAGAUUUUCUUCUAUUGCUAGUAAGAUGAGAUUUGGGACUGCAUGUUUUCUUCCCCACUCCUGGGUAUUUGUUAUUUACUAUAAAACUAUCCUUUAGCUGACACAUUUUGCUUAUCCAGGAAACGGGACAAAUAUCAGACAAACUGAUUAUAGUUCUGUUCCUUUCUCAUAUGGGAGUUCUGCUGGUUCGGAAGAUCCAUAUUCUUCGGGCUCGUAUUACCGCCCAUCAUUUUAUGUGCCAGAAAGCUUGUUGAAUAAGCUGUUGAUCCAGCAAUAAUUGUCCAAGGUGCAUAUGUUCUUCUAAGGAUUAAAUGCCUGUUUCAGAUGGUUGGAGCAGAGAUGAAGUUCCUACUAUUGAUGCACAUUGUUUCCUUGCAAUGUAUCUUGACGUAAGGAAUAGGCAGCCUCCCUCUGAGAAGGCGCAUCAGAUAAUUGCAAGAACGGCUUUAUUUGUCAGUGAGCAUGGGGGACAGUCAGAGAUUGUGUUAAGGGUGAAGCAGGGAAAUAAUCCAACAUUUGGAUUCUUGAUGCCGGAUCAUAAUCUCCACAGCUACUUCCGGUACCUUGUUGAACAUCCUCAACUGCUGAAAGAUGGUGCGGAUGCUGUUGACAUGAGUAAAGGCAAAAAAAAUGAGGGUGAGCAUGCCUCAUCUGGGGGGGCUUUGUCAUUGCUUGGGACUGCAUAUGACUCUGGAGAUGAGGAUGAAGGUACACAUCCCCCUGGUUCAAAAGGCAUUGAUCCUGGAAAUACCAUGACCCCUGAUGCUCAGGGCCCAGUGAAACCUGCAUCCACUAUACCUGAUAACAAAGAUCAGAGUGCAUUGUCAGAAGCAGCUGCUGCUUCAGCUAAUCAGAGUGCAUUGUCAGAAGCAGCUGCUGCUUCAGCUAAGAGUAAACCUAUCUUGAUGAAGAAGAAUCCAAUGAUUACUGGGAACAUCAUUAUCACUGCUCCACGGGAUGAGGUUAAAGACACAAUUACAGCAUCAACUACUGCAAAGUCACAAAACAUCAAUUCAGGCUUGUCUGAAACAAAAGAAAUGAUCCUUGAACCACCAUCUUUCAUGAAACGCACCAUGGAGAAAAUAGUUGAGUUUAUUCUAACAAAUGGGAAGGAGUUUGAAGCAAAACUCAUUGAACAAGACAGAGCAACUGGAAGGUUUCCAUUUCUUCUGUCAUCUAAUCCAUACCACUCUUAUUAUCUCAAGUUUCUCCAGGAAACCCAAGAGUCCAAGUCACAUUGUAGAAGUCCUGAUCACAAGGACAGAAGAGAUUCUUCUGACUGGAGGGACAGAAGAAGUCCUUCCGAGCAUGAUGGCAGAAGAAGCUCUCGUCAGCGCGAUGAUAGAAGAAGCUCUCACGAGCGCGAUGACAGAAGAAGCUCUCACGAGCGCGAUGACAGAAGAAUCUCUCGCGAGCGCGACGACAGAAGCUCUCGUGAGCGCCACGACAGAAGAAGCUCUCGUGAGCGCGACGACAGAAGAAGCUCUCAUGACACCAAUGACAGCAGUUACAGCAAGGAAGGAACCAGAAGCAAUGCAUGGCCAACUACUGGCAUGAUCUCCGGUUCUUCUGACAAAAGCUCAUUAGAGCCAUCAAAGAAGCAGUUGUAUGAUCAAAAAGGGAAGGGUAUAUUCCAUCCUGUAAGUGGGGUCAAGAAGGAUCCUCCUCGGAAAGUCACUGUAGAUGAAGCUGCUGCUAUUGUAAUGGCGGCUACUCGUGGACUGGGUGCUGCCAAUGACUCACUUAACACCAUAAAAGGAAGGAAGGGAGAUGUUGACAUCCAUGGUAGUAAUGACCAUUCUUCCAGCUUUGGAAGUUUCUCGUCUUUACUAGACCAAGAUGCACUGUCAAAACGCAUUUCAAAUAGUGAGGCAGAUACUUCACUUACACGUAGUGGACAGCCUAAAAAGGAAGGUUUUGGAAUUAUUGAUGAUGAUUGGAUUGCAAACACCAUUGCAAAAGCUGCUGCUGUUGCAGCCUCCAAAGAAGCAGAUUCGUCUGAAGCUUCCAUGACAAAGGAGCAGAAGCUGAAAGCUGAGAGGCUUCGGCGUGCAAAGAUGUUUGCAGCAAUUGUUAAGAGUGGAGGAAACAAGAUGAAUGAUAUGGCUGCAGUAUCUGAUCCAGCUGAUGAACCUUCCGAGGCCACACCUGCUGACAUGAAAGCCUCUGAACGUGAUCGGCAACCUGAGGCUAAGGAACGUGAAGGUAGCUCUGCUCCGAUUGAACAUGAUGGUUCAAACGUGACAAAGCAGGAGAAGGACUCUGAUGAUGAGCAGAACAUAGUGCGGAAGUAUCGAAAGAAACAUCACCAAAAGUUGGACGAGGAUAAUGAUGAAUCAGAGGAAAGCUAUAAGCCCUCGAGGAAGAGGCACCGCUCAGAGCAUUCAAGAGCCCAUAGUAAGGAUGUCCACAAACAUAAGCACAAGAGUCACUCCAAGGGCCGGGAAUCCAGACACCGUAGGCACCGGCAUAGCUCUUCGGAAGAUGAGCAUGAGCAUCGGAGUUCCAAGUCAAGGCAUCGGCACAGGGACGAUGGUCGCCAUUCUGAUGAUGAAGAGCAUAGCAGGUCACACAGGCACCGGAGGGAGCAUCGCUCCAGUUCUAAACGGAAGCACGAGGAAGAGCAAGAUCAGAGUGAACAGACUCAAGGUCGCUUGGAAGUGUCCCCAAGCACAUCAGGUGCUAAGUUUGAAUCAGACAAGCCACCUGGUGACACUUCUCAAUCUUCUCAGGGGGCAACUGAAGUGCCGGGUGAGCUGAGGGCAAAAAUUAGAGCGAUGUUGCUAGAGACGCUGUAAUAUUUUGUUGUAAGCAAUAAGUCGUUUGUAACAUUAGAUCUCUGUUUUAAAUCUCUGUCCUGUAACCUACUUGCUCUAUUGUAUUUGGUUCAAACGUUCCUCUUGUGCGCUCAAUGGCCCAUUUUAUCUUCAUGCUAAA